ACAGCUGACGUAGAGUAGCACUUGUGACUGCCGUGAUCCAAGAUUACAGACAGUGACAUGGUGGGAAAGCUAAGAAGUUGACCCUGUGUUUAGACCCCAAGGAUGAUACAACAGCAAAACCAAGAGAGAAGUGUUAUGAAGCUUCACCCAGUCACUAUUUUUUAAUUAAAAGGAUUUAAACUGGGAAUACUUUUCUGCUGGAUUAAAGUAUUUUUCAAGAAGAUGUCUGAAAACCCAGCCAGACUGAAUGAGACAUUUUAUUACUGCAUAAUUCCAUCAGUGGACAAACCAAGUGAAGAUUGCAAAAACCUGGGAUCUUAUUUGACUGGAAGACUUAUUGUGUUCAAGUUAUUCUGACUGGAUUUUAUAUUUCAAAAAAAAUUGGUUACUUUUUAAUUUAAGAAAAGGCUACCCUUUAAAAUCAUGGCAGAUGUGGACCCAGACACAUUGCUCGAGUGGCUGCAGAUGGGCCAAGGAGAUGAAAGAGACAUGCAACUUAUUGCGCUUGAGCAGUUAUGUAUGCUGCUUUUGAUGUCAGACAAUGUGGAUCGAUGCUUUGAAACAUGCCCCCCUCGUACGUUUUUGCCAGCACUGUGCAAAAUUUUUCUUGAUGAAAGUGCUCCUGACAAUGUAUUGGAAGUAACAGCUCGUGCCAUAACUUAUUAUUUGGACGUAUCAGCAGAAUGCACCCGACGGAUUGUGGGAGUAGAUGGUGCUAUCAAAGCACUUUGUAAUCGUUUAGUAGUAGUUGAACUUAACAACAGAACUAGCAGAGACUUGGCUGAGCAGUGUGUAAAGGUAUUGGAACUCAUCUGUACCCGCGAAUCAGGGGCUGUGUUUGAAGCUGGGGGUUUGAACUGUGUGUUGACAUUUAUUCGUGACAGUGGGCACCUGGUUCAUAAAGAUACUUUACAUUCUGCUAUGGCUGUAGUAUCCAGACUCUGUGGGAAAAUGGAACCUCAGGACUCCUCUUUAGAGAUAUGUGUUGAAUCCCUCUCAAGUCUGUUAAAGCAUGAAGACCAUCAGGUUUCAGAUGGUGCACUGCGGUGUUUUGCUUCCCUAGCUGAUCGAUUUACACGUCGUGGAGUUGACCCAGCACCUCUAGCCAAGCAUGGACUAACUGAGGAGCUCUUAUCUCGAAUGGCUGCAGCAGGUGGCACAGCUUCAGGACCAUCUUCAGCAUGCAAGCCUGGACGGAGCAGCACAGGGGCACCAUCUGCAACUGCAGACUCUAAAUUGAGUAAUCAGGUGUCAACUAUUGUAAGCCUGUUAUCAACACUCUGCAGAGGUUCUCCAGUAGUAACACAUACUUUUAAUUAUUUCCAGGAUCUCCUAAGAUCUGAGCUUCCAGAUUCUAUAGAAAGUGCAUUGCAGGGUGAUGAAAGAUGUGUACUUGAUACCAUGCGUUUGGUAGAUCUUCUUUUGGUGCUACUGUUUGAAGGACGGAAAGCCUUGCCAAAGUCUAGCGCUGGAUCAACAGGCAGAAUCCCAGGAUUGCGUAGACUGGAUAGUACCGGGGAGCGUUCCCAUCGGCAGCUGAUAGAUUGCAUCCGCAGCAAAGAUACUGAUGCCCUAAUAGAUGCUAUUGACACAGGAGCUUUUGAAGUAAAUUUUAUGGAUGAUGUAGGACAAACUCUCUUAAAUUGGGCCUCAGCUUUUGGAACUCAGGAAAUGGUUGAAUUCCUCUGUGAACGAGGUGCAGAUGUUAAUAGAGGUCAAAGAUCAUCAUCCUUACAUUAUGCAGCGUGUUUUGGAAGACCUCAAGUAGCAAAGACUCUCUUGCGUCAUGGUGCCAAUCCAGAUUUGAGAGAUGAAGAUGGAAAGACUCCUUUGGACAAGGCUCGUGAAAGAGGGCACAGUGAAGUAGUAGCCAUUCUUCAAUCUCCAGGAGACUGGAUGUGUCCAGUUAACAAAGGAGAUGAAAAGAAAAAGAAAGACGCAAACAAAGAUGAAGAAGAAUCAAAUGAACCCAAAGGUGAUCCAGAAAUGGCGCCAAUAUACUUGAAAAGACUGUUGCCUGUGUUUGCGCAAACAUUUCAACAAACUAUGCUGCCUUCAAUAAGGAAAGCAAGUCUUGCUCUCAUCAGAAAAAUGAUUCAUUUUUGUUCUGAAGCUCUUCUAAAAGAAGUUUGUGAUUCUGAUGCUGGGCAUAAUUUGCCUACAGUACUGGUAGAGAUCACUGCUACUGUUCUAGAUCAAGAGGAUGAUGAUGAUGGCCACUUAUUAGCCUUACAGAUCAUAAGAGAUUUGGUUGAUAAAGGGGGUGACCUUUUCUUAGACCAGCUUGCUAGGCUUGGUGUAAUAAGUAAAGUGUCAACUUUGGCAGGACCAUCUUCUGAUGAUGAGAAUGAAGAGGAAUCUAAACCAGAGAAAGAAGAUGAACCUCAAGAGGAUGCAAAAGAAUUGCAGCAGGGUAAACCAUAUCACUGGAGAGACUGGUCAAUCAUUAGAGGGAGAGACUGCCUGUAUAUUUGGAGUGAUGCUGCAGCUUUGGAACUUUCAAAUGGUAGCAAUGGAUGGUUUAGAUUUAUCUUGGAUGGGAAGCUAGCUACAAUGUAUUCGAGUGGCAGUCCUGAAGGAGGAUCUGACAGUUCAGGAAUUGCUUCACUAAAUAGUAAAGGAUGUAAACAGGUGGAAGGUGAAAGUAGAAGUGAAUUUUUAGAGAAGUUACAGAGAGCUCGAAGCCAGGUAAAACCAUCUACAACAAGCCAACCAAUUUUAUCAGCUCCAGGACCUGCUAAACUUACAGUGGGGAAUUGGUCUCUCACCUGUUUAAAAGAAGGAGAAAUUGCUAUUCACAAUUCAGAUGGUCAGCAAGCUACAAUAUUAAAAGAAGAUCUCCCAGGUUUUGUUUUUGAAUCUAAUAGAGGAACAAAGCAUUCCUUUACUGCUGAAACCUCUUUGGGAUCUGAAUUUGUGACUGGUUGGACUGGCAAAAGGGGCAGAAAGCUAAAAUCGAAGUUGGAAAAAACAAAACAAAAGGUACGAACUAUGGCAAGAGACUUGUACGAUGACCACUUUAAAGCUGUCGAAAGUAUGCCUAGAGGUGUAGUUGUAACUCUGAGAAACAUAGCAACUCAAUUAGAGUCUGCAUGGGAGCUCCAUACUAACAGACAGUUCAUUGAAGGAGAAAACACUUGGCGAGAUUUAAUGAAGACUGCUCUGGAAAAUUUAAUUGUCCUACUGAAGGAUGAAAAUACAAUUUCACCAUAUGAAAUGUGCAGCAGUGGCUUGGUGCAGGCACUUCUUACUGUAUUGAAUAAUAAUGUGGAUUUUGAUGUGAAGCAAGAUUGUAGUCAACUAGUGGAGAGAAUAAAUGUUUUCAAAACAGCUUUCAGUGAAAAUGAAGAUGAUGAAAGUCGUCCAGCAGUUGCAUUAAUUCGGAAAUUGAUAGCAGUAUUAGAAUCUAUUGAACGUCUACCUCUACAUUUGUAUGAUACACCAGGAUCAACAUAUAAUCUACAGAUAUUAACAAGACGGCUAAGAUUUCGCUUGGAGCGUGCUUCUGGGGAGACAGCUUUGAUAGACAGAACGGGUCGAAUGUUGAAAAUGGAGCCUUUGGCAACUGUAGAAUCUUUAGAACAAUAUCUCCUAAAAAUGGUGGCAAAGCAGUGGUAUGACUUUGACCGAGCAUCAUUUGUUUUUGUACGAAAAUUACGUGAAGGGCAGACAUUCAUUUUCAGACACCAGCAUGAUUUUGAUGAAAAUGGAAUUAUUUACUGGAUUGGAACAAAUGCAAAGACAGCAUAUGAGUGGGUUAAUCCAGCUGCCUAUGGGCUAGUCGUAGUUACAUCUUCAGAAGGAAGAAAUCUGCCAUAUGGUCGUUUGGAAGAUAUCUUAAGCCGUGACAGUUCAGCUCUAAAUUGUCAUACCAAUGAUGAUAAGAAUGCAUGGUUUGCUAUAGACCUUGGUCUUUGGGUAAUACCAUCGGCUUAUACGUUGCGCCAUGCUCGUGGUUAUGGACGAUCUGCUCUCAGAAAUUGGGUUUUUCAGGUAUCUAAGGAUGGACAGAACUGGACUACUCUAUAUACUCAUGUGGAUGAUUGUAGUCUAAAUGAACCAGGUUCAACAGCAACAUGGCCACUGGACCCACCAAAGGAUGAGAAGCAAGGCUGGAGACAUGUAAGAAUUAAACAGAUGGGGAAAAAUGCCAGUGGGCAAACACACUACCUCUCUCUGUCUGGAUUUGAGCUUUAUGGCACUGUGAAUGGUGUGUGUGAGGAUCAGCUAGGAAAAGCAGCUAAAGAAGCAGAGGCUAAUCUGAGAAGGCAGAGGAGACUGGUUCGUUCUCAGGUUCUGAAGUACAUGGUUCCAGGUGCCCGUGUCAUCAGAGGAAUUGAUUGGAAAUGGAGAGAUCAAGAUGGUAGCCCACAAGGUGAAGGCACUGUUACAGGCGAAUUACACAACGGCUGGAUUGAUGUCACCUGGGAUGCUGGUGGCUCUAACUCUUACCGUAUGGGCGCAGAAGGAAAAUUUGACCUCAAGCUUGCCCCAGGGUACGACCCUGAUUCAGCGGCAUCACCCAAACCUGUUUCAUCCACUGUUUCAGGCACAACGCAGUCAUGGAGCAGCUUGGUGAAAAACAACUGUCCAGACAAGAUGACUGCUGCUGCAGGCUCCUCAAGUAGAAAAGGAAGUAGCAGUUCUGUGUGUAGCGUGGCCAGUAGCAGCGACAUCAGCUUGGGUUCGACCAAAAUGGAGCGGAGAUCUGAAAAUGUAAUGGAGCAAAAUAUAGUUUCAGGCACUGACGUCCAUGAGCCAAUUGUUGUACUUUCCUCUGCUGAUAGCAUGCCUCAAACUGAAGUAGGGUCAGCAUCCAGUGCAAGUACCAGCACCUUAACAGCAGAUGUGGGAAAUGAAAACGUUGAACGAAAGCUAGGACCUGACAACUCAAUCCGUGCGACUGGGGAAUCCAAUGCUAUAUCCAUGGGAAUUGUUAGUGUGAGUUCUCCAGAUGUUAGUUCAGUAUCUGAGCUAACUAAUAAAGAAGCCGCUUCCCAGAGACCCCUUAGUUCUUCAGCAAGUAACAGACUAUCAGUGAGCUCACUGCUGGCUGCUGGGGCUCCAAUGAGUUCCAGUGCAAGUGUCCCUAACUUAUCCUCACGAGAAACUUCUAGUUUGGAAUCCUUUGUCCGGAGAGUGGCGAACAUAGCUCGCACCAAUGCCACUAAUAACAUGAAUUUAAGCCGAAGUAGCAGUGAUAACAACACUAAUACUCUGGGAAGAAAUGUCAUGAGUACUGCAACUUCUCCUCUAAUGGGUGCCCAAAGUUUUCCUAACCUGACUACAACUGGUACCACAUCAACUGUGACCAUGUCUACAUCCAGUGUUACUAGCAGCAGCAAUGUAGCCACAGCAACUACAGUUUUAUCUGUUGGUCAGUCACUUAGUAACACUCUAACUACUAGCCUAACAUCAACAUCUAGUGAGAGCGAUACAGGUCAGGAAGCAGAAUAUUCUUUAUAUGAUUUUCUUGAUAGCUGUCAGGCAAGUACUCUGUUGGCAGAGUUAGAUGAUGAUGAAGAUCUACCUGAGCCAGAUGAAGAAGAUGAUGAAAAUGAAGAUGACAAUCAGGAAGAUCAAGAAUAUGAGGAAGUUAUGGAAGAAGAGGAAUAUGAAACAAAAGGAGGCCGUAGAAGAACGUGGGAUGAUGAUUAUGUUUUGAAGCGUCAAUUUUCUGCUUUAGUACCUGCCUUUGAUCCUAGACCUGGUCGUACUAAUGUCCAACAGACAACUGAUCUUGAAAUUCCUCCUCCAGGAACACCUCACUCCGAACUCCUGGAAGAAGUUGAAUGUACGCCAUCACCACGUUUAGCACUUACCUUGAAAGUUACAGGCCUUGGUACAACUCGUGAAGUUGAGCUACCCCUAACAAAUUUCCGAUCAACUAUUUUUUACUAUGUACAAAAAUUGCUGCAGCUUUCCUGCAAUGGCAACGUGAAAUCUGAUAAGCUUAGACGAAUUUGGGAGCCAACAUACACAAUUGUCUACAGAGAAAUGAAAGAUUCUGAUAAAGAGAAAGAGAGCGGGAAAAUGGGUUGCUGGUCAAUAGAGCAUGUGGAACAGUACCUUGGCACUGAUGAAUUACCAAAGAAUGACUUGAUAACCUACCUGCAGAAGAAUGCGGAUUCAGCCUUUCUGCGCCACUGGAAAUUAACCGGCACUAAUAAAAGCAUUAGGAAAAACAGAAAUUGUUCCCAGCUCAUAGCUGCAUACAAGGACUUUUGUGAGCACGGAUCAAAGUCCAGCUUGAGCCAGGGAGCUAUUUCCACACUUCAAAACUCAGACAUUCUUACUUCAACUAAAGAACAGCCUCAAGCCAAAGCUGGUAGCGGACAGAAUUCCUGUGGAGUAGAAGAUGUUCUACAGUUGCUCCGUAUUUUGUAUAUUGUUGCAAGUGACCCUUAUUCAACUCGAACUCCUCAAGAAGAAGGAGAUGAACAGCUUCAAUUUAAUUUUCCACCAGAUGAAUUCACAAGCAAAAAAAUCACUACAAAAAUUCUUCAACAGAUUGAGGAGCCAUUGGCACUAGCGAGUGGAGCUUUGCCAGACUGGUGUGAACAGAUAACUAGCAAGUGCCCUUUCUUAAUCCCAUUUGAAACAAGACAACUGUAUUUUACAUGCACAGCGUUUGGAGCAUCAAGAGCAAUAGUGUGGCUACAGAAUCGACGUGAGGCCACCGUUGAGCGGACACGAACUACAAGCACAGUGCGAAGAGAUGAUCCAGGAGAAUUCAGAGUUGGGCGCCUUAAGCAUGAAAGAGUAAAAGUUCCACGUGGUGAAUCUUUGAUGGAGUGGGCAGAAAAUGUCAUGCAGAUUCAUGCAGACAGGAAGUCAGUUCUAGAGGUGGAGUUUUUGGGAGAAGAAGGAACAGGAUUGGGGCCUACCUUAGAAUUUUAUGCAUUGGUGGCAGCAGAAUUCCAGAGGACGGAACUGGGAGCAUGGCUCUGUGAUGAUGAUUUUCCAGAUGAUGAAUCACGUCAGGUUGAUAUAGGCGGUGGAUUAAAACCUCCAGGAUACUAUGUACAGCGCUCUUGUGGGCUCUUCACAGCACCAUUCCCUCAAGAUAGUGAUGAACUUGAAAGAAUAAGCAAACUCUUCCACUUUCUAGGGAUUUUCUUAGCAAAAUGCAUCCAAGACAACAGACUGGUAGACUUGCCCAUUUCUAAGCCUUUCUUUAAGCUCAUGUGCAUGGGAGACAUUAAAAGCAAUAUGAGUAAACUGAUUUAUGAGUCACGGGGUGACAGAGACUUGCACUGCACUGAAAGUCAAUCAGAGGCCUCUACAGAAGAGGGGCAUGACUCUCUCUCAGUAGGAAGUUUUGAAGAAGAUUCCAAAUCUGAAUUUAUCCUCGAUCCACCAAAACCUAAACCACCAGCAUGGUUUAAUGGGAUCUUAACAUGGGAGGAUUUUGAACUGGUAAACCCUCACAGAGCAAGAUUUUUAAAAGAAAUUAAAGACCUUGCAAUUAAGAGGCGUCAAAUAUUAAGCAACAAAGGACUUUCAGAAGAUGAAAAAAACACAAAACUGCAGGAACUAAUGAUGAAGAACCCAUCAGGAUCUGGGCCUCCGCUUAGCAUAGAAGAUUUAGGGCUAAAUUUCCAGUUUUGCCCAUCAUCCAGAGUAUAUGGUUUUACAGCCGUGGAUCUUAAGCCUGGUGGCGAAGAUGAGUUGGUAACUAUGGAUAAUGCAGAGGAGUAUGUGGAUUUGAUGUUUGACUUCUGCAUGCACACAGGCAUCCAAAAGCAGAUGGAUGCUUUUAGAGAUGGCUUUAAUCGAGUCUUUCCAAUGGAAAAGCUGAGUUCCUUCAGCCAUGAAGAAGUUCAGAUGAUUCUUUGUGGAAAUCAGUCACCGUCCUGGGCAGCUGAAGAUAUAAUCAACUACACAGAACCUAAACUUGGCUACACUCGAGACAGUCCCGGGUUCCUGAGAUUUGUAAGAGUUCUAUGUGGCAUGUCUUCGGAUGAAAGAAAAGCAUUCCUGCAAUUCACAACUGGCUGUUCAACACUCCCUCCAGGAGGUUUGGCUAACUUACACCCCCGUCUAACUGUUGUACGCAAGGUUGAUGCUGCGGAUGCAAGUUACCCAUCUGUGAAUACCUGUGUGCAUUAUCUUAAGUUGCCUGAAUAUUCAUCUGAAGAGAUUAUGAGAGAGCGCCUGCUAGCUGCUACCAUGGAGAAAGGCUUCCAUCUCAACUGAGCUGAUGAGUGUGACAUAGGACAUCACAAACUGGUUUUGCGUCCAUAACUAGUGAAGCCUCUUGUGUUGUAUGUGCAGAAAAUACAAUCUCCACGCUGUGCUCUAAUGAGACUUGCCUUUCCCCCCUAUCCAUGAGGCUUUGGAAACACGUGGAAUAAUUUUGUUAGCUGCUAAUGACAAAACAAAUCCCAAUGAAUUUCACAGCCAGCAAGAAAAAAGCAAGAACACUGUGUGAUGCUUCCAAGGGCUUGUGCAACCAGAAGCUGAAGCAAAUGUUUGACUGUUCCAAAGAGCAGAUCUGCAGAUUUUCAGUGUUCACUGAUACAAGAUUUAUAACAGUGUAUUUGUGUAAAGUUUAGCAUUUAAUACCCUGUACACUACAGUUGCCAUCACUGAUCCCUCUUUUGCUGGCUUUAAGCUAACUGGUCAGAAACCUGCUUACUUAACUUAGUCAUUGGGCAUCUCAAGCUUUCUUUCCCUUCUUUAAUGGUGCCUGCACUAUUGGCGUAUGCUAGCGUGGGGUGGGGUGGGGUGUUUGCAUAUAAUCAUGCACAACCUUUUAUUAUUAUUUCAAGUGGGAAUACAUUUUGCUUUCUAAAUGCCCUGCUAUAAAGAUCAAAUCCUUAAGUGUGUGUAUGUGUGUGUGUGUGUGUGUGCGUGCGUGCGCGUGCAGCUCAACAAUAAAGCUUUUAAAAUACACUGGUCCCUGGUGCAAGGCACACUUUAAAGCAAGUUUUACUUUUGGUUGUACUUUCUUUGUAUAUUAAAAACAUUUAUUUAACUUGUUGCGGUUUGGAGUUUAAAGAAAGAUUUCCAAUGUGUAUGCUCAACAAUAAUCAUUAAAAAGUUUGCAGCGUACAAAA